AUGUCGACCCCUGGGGCCCAUGCUGCUCAGCUGCGCACUGAAGUCCUACAUGCUAAGCAACAACCUGACUGCGAGCAGGACCGUCGACGAGGCAGCCGUCGACCACGCCCGAUUCCUCACUGCUGUGAGGAGCCGCUGGCCAGAGGUCUUUGUGGUGGACUUCCCCCCCGCCUGAACGAGGAUGAGGAGCACCAGAGGGCCCUUCGCCACGCGUACCAUCGUGUGGCAGCUCGCAUGGGUUUGAGGUACUUCUCUGCGGAGGAGUACUUCCCCCGUACGCGCUUGGAUCUGUGGAGCAGAGACGGCGUUCACCUGAGCGACCGUGAGGGGAUGGGGAUCCUCACCCAGCUGCUGUGGGCCUCCACGGAGCAGUUCCUCGAGACACCACCACCACCUCCCCCUCCCCCGGUGUCUCCUACUCCUUCACAGCCCUUAGGAAGGUGGCCUCCCCAGCGGCAGCCAGGCGUCAUAGGACCACGGAGAGACGCCCCCCCGCUACCAGUCUCCUGUGAAAAACCAGGUUGGAUCCCCUCCAGCCAGGCUGUCACGGAGACUGAGGAUGACGGCCCCUCCAGCCCAGUUCCUCGGUCCAGGACCAGGGAUGGAACACCCCCCCUCCCCCGCACCCAAACUUCAGUGACCAACGUGGCCAGGAUGAAGACCCCUUCACCGGCUGGACCAUCCCAGACCAUUAAAGCUGUCUGUCACUCUCCUCGCCCAGUUAAGACCGUCGGGACACCAGUUCCCUCAUCGUCCUGCUGGCCCUGGAUUAUCGAUGACGGACUUGCCACCUCUCAUUCCCCCUCUAAAGAGUGUCUCAAACUAGAUCCCGAUCUGGACUCGGCUCCGGCUAAGUCGUCUGCACCAUCUGCACCACCUGCACUGUCUGCACGCCACGAGAAGACUCCAGGGCCACCGGACGUGAACUGGGAACCAGUAGCCUACAGCCAACCAACCAUCCCAGCGCCCGGAGACUACGGACUAGCAGCUGGGAUGUCCUCCGCGCCGCCCGCCUUCCUACGACACCCACCACCCAUUGUACGGUUAAGGACGCUCUGCCUGCCCCAGCAGCCCACAAACUGCAUGAUUUGGAGCCAGGGGAUUGGGUCGUUAUUCGCAGAUGGAACGGUCCGUUCCAAGUGCUUCUGACCACGGAGACGGCAGUGAAGAUCGCAGAGAGAGCCACCUGGGUUCACGCCAGCCACUGCAAACGGCACCAUAGUGCUUUAUUGUAGAAUAAUCAUGACUGAUGUUUGAGCAUGUCUUUUGAGCUGUGAAAAGAAUCUGUUUUCCAAGCUGACUUGAUUUUUUUUAUCCUUCACUAUUACUUACAAAGGAAUUUUUUUAUAUAGUCUGUAGUGAGCAUAGUAUGCUCAAAGGGAGGAAUUGUGAUGG